AUGGAACGCGAUGAAUGCAAGGAGCGCAAUGAAUUCAAGGCACGCAAUGAAUGCAAUGAACGCAAUGAGCGCAAAGAACGCAGGAAACGCAAUGAAUUUAAGGAGCGCAAUGAAGAACGCAAUGAAUGGAGGGAACCCAGUAAAUGUGAGGAACGCAAUGCAUGCAAGGAACGCAAGGAAAGCAAUGAAUGCAAGGAGCGCAAUGAAGGCACGGAACGCAAUAAACACAAGGAACGCAAUAAACGCAAGGAAAGCAAUGAAUGUAAGGAACGCACUAAACGAAAGAAACGCUAUGAGUGCGUGAAACGCAAUGAAUGCAAGGAACGCAAUAAAUUCGAGGAACGCAAUGAAUGCACGGAACUCGAUGAAUGCAAGGAAUGCAACGAGCGUGCGGAGCGCAAUAAAUGCAAGGGAACGCAACGAAUGCAAAUAACGCAAUGA